AUGGGCUUCUCACACGUUGGCCUGACAGUCCCAGAUGACAAGUUCGAGGACACGGUCUCUUUCUACCUAGCUGCUCUAGCUCCGCUGGGUUUCAAAGAGCACCUCCGGCCCCAUCCAAAAGUAGUUGGCAUGGGCGUGUACUACCCGGAGUUCUGGAUCUCUUCGAACGCCGUGCCUAGUUCAAGUGCCGGUAUUGAUGUACCUGCUGGCAGCAAAGAUGUUGUGUUUGGUAGUACGCAUAUUGCGUUCAGCACGGGGAAUCGAGAACUUGUUCAUGCAUUUUAUGAUGCUGCGCUGAAGCAUGGCGGAAAAUCGAAUGGUGGUCCUGGUGUACGACCUCAGUAUACACGAUUCUACUACGCGGCGUUCGUGUUUGACCCGGCAGGAAAUAAUAUCGAAACAGUAUGUCUGUGGCCGGCCUGGUGUCAUUGGAAGUACUGGUUUGGCAUGGGUAUAUACCUGACGAUGGAACCAACAGAGAAAGCAGUUAAACGAGCUAGGAGCGCGAGACAAGGACGAGAAAAGGAAAUUAAAAUAACUGAGAAAAGCAAGGGAAAUAAUAUCAAGGAGAUUCAUCAACGCAGAAAGACAUAUUUGACUGAAACAGUGUAG